UAGUCAAUCGCUGACCGGGUGCAAUACCAAGCGUUUACAGCCAAACAAAAUUCCCCAGCUAGUGUUUCUACGCCUACUGUUGCCAUCUCACUCACUUUCCGAAUAAAACCGUAUAUUUGUCUCGCUUACGAAUUAAAUAAUGUUUGUAAUAUUGAAUGCCCUAUCUACGCUUAUUCAUUAAGUGUAUUCUCUCAGCAACGUGACGGGGUAGACACGCAUGCGCACGAGACGACGUGCAGAUACAACAAAGACGUACACGAAGCAUAAUAAUAGUGAUUUAUAUAUCGUCAUUCAAGAUAUUGCGUAAUUAGCAUUUGUCGCAAAUGCCAUUGAUUAUGGUGCCAAUAUUGACAAUCGCAAACGCCAGUAGCCGGCGAGCGGAGGCACGCGACGUACACGCGCGCGGUCUCGGCCGCUCACAUCCCCGCCUGUCGUGACGCGUGUGAAUAGCCCUUUACUCUGCGCGAUAUUAUUCAGUCGUAUUUAUUUUCGCAACUUGUUUUGAAUACACGUUGCAGUGUGCGACCAACUAUGGUAUUCGUGUGUCAAAUAAUAGUAGACAAACCCAAUGAGGAUGGUGUGCAUCAUGCAGGCGGGAUCGUCUCUGGCGUCGUCAAAUAUGCGAUGGAUCAGCCGACAGAGUUUGAAGAUAUCACGCUGUCCUUUAAAGGCGAAUCGUGGUGCUCGUGGGUAACGGAUGACGCAUGCACUACGUACUUGGGGACAGAAAAUCAUGUUUUGCAAGCCAUGAGCCUGCUCAACCAGAAAGACGACAGCGUGCAAAUCCUGCCCGCUGGAUCUUACGAGGAUAAGUUCCUUUUCACGCUGCCGAAAACCAUCCCGCCGUCGUUCAGCGGGCAAAAUGGCAACGUCACGUACCGAAUAACAUUGGAGGUCAGGAGAAUAGGCAAGUUUAAUGUUUUGAGAAGAUUCGUCGAAGCGGAGGUGAUAGUGCACAAUUACUUGGAUCCUCUGAUACCAGACAUUCCAAUAGCGAUCCGGGCCACCAAGAGGCUGCUCAAGCUCUCAACCGGCAAACAGAAGAUGAGUUUAAAAGCGGAGAUUCCAAAACCGUACAUAAAGCCGGGGGAAAAGGUGGAAUUGAAAUUAAUGAUAACGAACGAAUCGAUUGUAAGAAUCAAGGGCAUACGUGCGGAACUAAUCAGCACCAUAAUCUACACAUCCAAUUGCGGCUCUAAAACAAUUGAAACGCAUAAAAUAAAAGAUUGUACGACAGAGACAGCGAAAGUACCGUCUCGACACACGACCAGCGUCAACAUUAGCGUUCCGAUAUUGGAAGAGCACAGAAGCGUGCAGUACAGCAAGGUGAUAAGCAGUGAGUACAAGAUCCUGGUGACUGUGAGGCUGCCGAUGCCCUACUGCAACAUCACCACUGUGGUGCCAAUCCUCAUCGGCGAGAAGGAGACUGCACCAGUAAAGUUGAUGAGGAUACAGGAAUGUUAGGAAAUAUCAACCGAAAGAGCUAUAUGGUUCUAAUUUAAGAGCAAGUUCAAAGACUGACUGCCGGAGGGCUUUAUGAGAAACAGCAUUCUAUGUCUCAGUAUGACAAACACAAUGCAACAAUUUGCAAUUCAAAGUUCUAGAUGUGACAGCUGUUUAUGGGCAGCCGUGACUAGUCGCGCGGCGCCAGCCAUCAGGGGAAAGGCUUGUAAAUCUCGUCAUUUAGCUGUAUAAAAACAUUUGUACAAAGAAAUUUAGCGAUUAUAAACUUUAUUGUAUUGUUAAAA